AUCCCUUCUUCGCCUGAUAUUCCUGGAGGCCGCCGCCUCCAUGCUUCUUUCUCCCACGCGUGCCGGCGCUCUCCUCUCCAGUCGUGCUCCUCUGCUUGCCCAGUGCCCCUUAGCACUCGGCCAUGGAGCCCUCCGGUGGCCGUGCUCAGCUCCAGCUCGAUGCCCAGCGCUCACCCCUGCUCCUUCCAUACGCCUAGUUCCUGCUCCCAGUGCCCCUCAGCUCGCUCCCUCUCUGUUCGCUGCGUCCAGCUCAGAUCUCGCCUGCUCCAGCUCGCCGCGCCCAUGGCCGAGCUCGCCCCUGUGCGCGCGUUCUCCUGUGUCCAGCCCUGGCGCGUGAAGCUCUCUGCUCGCCGGUUGCUUCUCCCUGCGUCGGCCUCCCCUGCAAGCUGCUCGCGAAGCUCCCUCCUCCUCUCUUCCGGUGUUCUACUGGCCGGCUUGCAAUCUCCCAUGGUGCGUUCCUGCUCGGCGCCCAGCUCCCUCGCUCCUGUUGCUCGCCCUGGCCGGCUCCCUGCUGCGCUCGCCCAGGUCGCCGCCAUCGAGCCAUCGAAUCCUGCUCACCCUUCGCCAGCCGUUGUUCUCUGGUCCGUGUGCUGGUCGGUGUCGUGGAGUUUGGUUUGGUCGGCUCGUCGUUGACCUCACUGGUGUCGUCGAACCGUCGAACCCCUUCCUCAGUUGCAUCGGGUCUCCGAGCUGGUUGUCGACGAUUGCUUUCGCUUCAGUGCCACAUGCGAUCAUCCUUGCUUGCUGGCCAUGCACUUCACCCCGCUGCUCCAUUCCGCUUGUUGUCGUUGCUUAUCUGCAUCAAGACUUCACUUGCCAUGAUUCAGCUCGCUGGUUCGUCGUUGUUCAUCUCCAUGUCGGGUCUACAACCUUACUGUAGAUCCAUCUUAGGUGCUUGUCGUUAUUCCGUCGUCUCGCUUCGAUGCCAGUUCCUUCGUGACAUCUCCGACUUGUGUUCACGCCAACAAAAGGAUCCCAAGAGAAUGUGGAGAAGCAAGCCCCUGGUCGAUGCCCCCAUGUGCUCGACGAAAGGCCUGGACAAGGAUCAUCGUCAUUUCUGCGAAGUUCUAGUAAUAUGGAGAGAUUCCAAGAGUUGUGGAUUGAGGAGAAAGUGAAGCUCAGUUCAAUACUUGUGAGGUGUUUGAUCGAAGACUUCAAUCGGAGACUGACGUCGUUCUCGCAAAUAUUGAGUCAAGUUAAUUAUGGUGAGCCGAUUCACUAUUUUUACUAUUGAUUUUAUGAUCGGGAAAUAAGACGCUUAGUUGCGUAUGAAGUUUAAGUUAGAAAUACCAGUGAUGCGCGAUGUGCUUCGAUGAGUUUAGUUGCCGAGUAUAUUUGAACCAGUUCUAUUUUGCAGAGUGUAGUAUUUCGGUGACGCGUAGGUUAAGCAAUUAUCGAUAAGUCUAUCGAUGCUAAUUGUGUUCAGUGUGCGUAAGAUGAAGUCGAUGUCCCGCGCUAGUAGUUAGUAUCAUCUAUGUUUGUGAUCGAUAAUGUUGGAGUCGGAUAUUGAUUAGUUGGAUUGAUAGCUAUGAAUAAAUAGUUGUUAUCUU